AUGUCUCGUGAAACAACCGCCCUAGUACUCAGGGAGGUCAAUGGCCCCUUCACCUUAGAGCCCAUCAAAGUAGAUGCUUUGAAGUCGCAUGAGGUAUUGGUUGAGAUUCACGCUGUCGGCCUGUGUCAUACCGACUUGUCAUGUGAUACCGACUUGUCAUGUGCAACCGGGGUUCUACCAGCAGUCACMCCAGCCGUAUUUGGUCACGAAGGCGCCGGAGUAGUGGUAGAAAUGGGCUCUGAGGUAGAUGAAGCUAGCGUCGGCGACAAAGUGCUUCUCAGCUAUGCCUUUUGCAAUAACUGUAAACAAUGCAAAGCAGGUCGCGCGCCUUACUGUGACUCCAUGAUGCCUCUCAACUUUGGCGGGCUACGUGACGAUGGUAGCUCAGGUCUCGCUCUAAAUGAUGGAUCUGCUCUCCGGGCGCAUUUCUUCGGUCAGAGUUCCUUUUCGAGACUCGCUGUCGUGCAUCGCAAAUGCAUUGUCAAGGUUCCUCAGGAUACUCCUCUUGAUCUGUUUGCUCCUUUGGGUUGCGGUUUACAAACUGGUGCUGGAUCAAUACUCAACACACUCAACGUCCAGGAGGGAAGUACCGUCGCAAUAUUUGGCGUCGGAUCAGUCGGUUUGAGUGCGAUAAUGGCAGCACGUAUCCGCAAAGCCAAAGAAAUUAUUGCCGUCGACAUCCAGCCUUCGCGAUUAGAGCUUGCGAAACAACUGGGGGCCACUAGUACAGUAAACAGUGCCGAGGUCGAUGCUCUUCAAGAGAUCCGCCGAAUUGUUCCUCCUAGUGGCGUCCAUUAUGCACUUGACUGUUCUGGUGUGUUGAAAGUGAUUGAGACCAUGGUUGAUUCUCUGGGGCCAUGCGGUCGUGCAUGUUCAGCUGGUGCCCCUACUCCGGGGAAGAGGGCGUCUAUUGACGUUUUUAGCCAUCUUGUUAUGGGUAAAGAAUAUGUCGGAUGUCAUCAGGGAGGGUCAAUUGCCAAAGAAAUGAUCCCAUAUUUGAUCGACCAACACAAUAAAGGACAGUAUCCGCUAGAGAAACUUAUCGUCAAUUAUGAUAUCCAAGACUUUGAGCGAGCUAUCAAGGACACGAAGAGUGGGAGCACUAUCAAGGCGGUGCUGAAGUGGACAUGA